ACAACAUUGGCUAAGCCACCGCCACACUCAUACAUAGACGGUUCCGAGUUGAGUUAUUUAAUUAUUUUCUAAAAAGAAAAGACAAAGCUUAACGAAUUUAACUGAAUUUGGAAAGAAAAAGCCUCCUAACAGGAUAGGAAGACGGGGAAAGGAGGCAGACGCACAAACCAUAGCCAAAAUGCAUUUGACAUUGGGCAUAAUUUUGGCUAUAAUUGGCUCGCUAAUGCUCACCUCGGUGACUGGCGUCGAUCCAAAUAAUUUCAAGACCUGUGAGCAAAGCAGUUUCUGCAGACGUUCACGCAAGAUUCAGAGCUCGGGCAGCAAAUAUGCCAUAAUACCUGGAACUCUAAACACUUAUGCCGAUUCGCUGACUGCAGAUUUAAUUAACAAAGAGAACCAUCACCAGUUCACUUUUAAAUUGGAGGCCCUUGUGGGCAGUACUUUCCGCCUCCAAAUUGAUGAGAAGCAGCCAUUGCAUCCGCGUUAUCGGGUUGAACAUGCUCUCAAGGAGGAACCUAAAACUGCACGCAUAAGUGUACAGAAAGAGACCGAUGGUGAGAUAACCAUCAGUACGGAUGAUCAUAAAAACAAGGCUGUCAUACAUGGUGAUCCAUUCCGCAUUGACUUCUAUGAGAAUGAUGUUUUGGUUGUUACGGCAAAUGCCAAAAAUUGGCUUUACUUUGAGCAUUUGCGUCAGAAACCUGCCGAUGCGGCCGACGGCCAUGCUGAUGGUGAGGCUGGUGCUGGUAAUGCUGCCGCUGAUGAUGAUCAACAGCAGGCAGAGGCGCCCAAAUCCCCUGGAGAAGCUAUCGACGAUCCUGGUGCAUGGGAAGAGAAUUUCAAAUCUCAUCAUGAUUCAAAACCUAAUGGACCAGAGGCUGUAGCUUUGGAUUUCUCAUUCCCCGAAGCUGAAGUGCUAUUCGGUAUACCCGAGCAUGCUGACAAUUUCGUGUUGAGAUCUACAUCGGGCACUGAUCCGUAUCGUUUAUACAAUUUGGAUGUUUUCGAAUAUAUCGUAGAGAGCAAAAUGGCGCUAUAUGGCUCAGUACCAGUCCUCUAUGGUCAUGGACCCCGACGUACCGCUGGUGUCUAUUGGCAAAAUGUGGCCGAAACUUGGGUAGACAUUUAUACGGCGGAAACGAAUGUGGUAUCCUCUUUGGUGAAUUUCGUAUCUGGGUCUCGUAAAUCUCCAUCUCCUGCUGCUCAUUUCAUCUCUGAAUCUGGCAUAGUGGAUGCCUUUAUUGUGUUAGGUCCUAAGCCCAUCGAUGUAUUUAAACAAUAUGCUGCUUUAACUGGAACACAUCCAUUGCCGCAGCUUUUCUCGCUGGGCUAUCAUCAGUCGCGCUGGAAUUACAAUGAUGAACGGGAUGUGGCUUCGGUGUCCUCUAAAUUUGAUGAAUACGAUAUACCCAUGGAUACAAUGUGGUUGGAUAUUGAGUAUACUGAUGGCAAACGUUAUUUCACAUGGGACAAAUUCAAGUUCCCUGAACCAUUGACCAUGGUUAAGAAUCUAACUGAAUUGGGUCGCCAUUUGGUGGUCAUUAUCGAUCCACAUGUUAAACGAGAUACUGGGUAUUUCUUCCACAAUGACUGCACAGAGCGUGGGUAUUAUGUUAAGACGCGCGAUGGCAACGACUAUGAGGGCUGGUGCUGGCCAGGAUCAUCAAGUUAUCCGGAUUUCUUUAAUCCCGUUGUCCGUGACUAUUAUGCCGGGCAAUAUGCCUUGUCGAAAUUCAAUACUGUGAGUGAAAACACAAUGAUCUGGAACGAUAUGAAUGAACCAUCGGUAUUCAAUGGUCCCGAGGUGACGGCUCCCAAAGAUCUGGUCCAUUAUGGCAAUUGGGAACAUCGUGAUGUUCAUAAUCUUUAUGGUCAUAUGCAUCUGAUGGGCACAUUUGACGGCCUCGAGAAGCGUGAUCCCAAUCAGCGCCCAUUUAUAUUGACACGUGCGCAUUUUGCUGGCUCACAAAGAUACGCAGCCAUCUGGACAGGUGAUAAUACGGCGGAAUGGUCGCAUUUGCAGCAUUCCAUCAAAAUGUGUUUGACUGAGGCUGUAGCCGGGUUCUCAUUCUGUGGAGCCGAUGUCGGCGGUUUUUUUGGCAACCCUGAUUCUGAAUUGCUUGAACGUUGGUAUCAGACAGCUACCUUUUUGCCCUUCUUCCGUGGCCAUGCCCACAUAGAUACGAAGCGUCGUGAGCCGUGGCUCUUCCCAGAGCGCACUCGUCUCGUUAUCCGAGAUGCUUUGCUCAAACGUUAUAGUUAUCUGCCGCUGUGGUACACUUCCUUCUAUGAAUUGGAGUUGAAAAACGAGCCUGUAAUUCGUCCACUCUUGACCCAUUAUCCAGCGGAUAAGGAAUGCUUUGCCAUUGAUAACCAACUGCUUGUACAGGAUCGUUUGUUAGUCCGACCGGUAAUGCAACAGGGAGUCAGCAAGGUUGAUGUCUAUUUCCCAGCCAUUGACGAUAAGAAGAAUGGUGACUAUUGGUACGAUGUCGAUACAUAUCAGCGUCAAGAGCGUGCCGGUUACGAGAGUGUCCCCGUAACAGAGUACAAGAUUCCCGUAUGGCAACGUGGUGGCAGCAUAUUGCCCAAGAAAGAACGCCAACGCCGAGCCUCGACUCUAAUGUUGCACGAUCCGUACACACUGAUCGUCUGUCUGGAUCGUCAGGGCAAGGCCGAGGGCACACUCUAUUUGGAUGAUGAGAAAUCCUAUGACUAUCGUCAAGGCCAAUACAUAUAUGUUAACUAUGAGUUUGCCCACAAUCAGCUGACAAAUCGUUUUAUUGGAAAACCAAAGUACAAGUCCAGUUCCUGGAUCGAACGUGUCGUUAUUGCCGGCCUCUCGACCGUGCCACAAAGUGCGACAAUCACGGUGAACGGUGUUAGUCAACAAUUGGAGGUGUUGCAGCAGGAUCAUGCUGUUAUUGUGCGCAAACCGGGCAUCAAAAUGAAUGUAGAUUUUGCUAUCAAAUUGAACUAUUAGAGAUGUUUUCGUAUUAUUCCAUUAAAUUUACUACACAUUGAAAUUGCGAUUAAAUAAUUAAUAGUUAUAUUUAACAUAUAUACAUAUUUAGAACGAUGGAAUCGAACAAAUAUUCCAUUAACUAGAAAUUCCUUUAAAAGUCUUUGAGUGAUCAUGAUCCCUCAAUUCUAACCAAUUCUCUCUUUCCCUUUGUUCGAUGUCAAAAUCACUUUGCCUAGCAAAUAAAGUUUAGAGAAAAGAGAAACAAGCAAUUUCUCUCAAAAACAA